UCACUAUUGAAAAACAUGGGUCCAAAACUGUGGAUAUCAAAACUACCAAGCAUGAAAAAACAAGCUUUAUGAUAAUUCUUAAAUAUCUCACCAAUAGAAUAAAAUUUCUAUCUACUAAAUGUAGUGAAGUAGCAGGGCUACAGUCUUGGGCUCCUUCUGGAGUUACUUACAGACUUCAGCCCCUAGAUGUUGCAAUCAACAAGUACUUCAAGAGUAAGAUGUCUGAAACAGUUUAUCAAUUAAUACUAGCUAGAUGUUUUCAGAAGCCAUCAUAUGCUAUUCUUGCUCAUUGGUGUUGUGAUAUUUUGGUUAAAAUAGAUAAAACAGAGGAUGAUCUGGUUUUUGAUUAUGAAAAAUUAAAUAAAAAUUUGACAAAUGAAAAUAAUAAAAAUUCUGAGCUAAUAAAUUUUAAUAAUAUUGAGG